GGUCAUAUCUCUGAUGGGGUAGGGAAUUAUUCUUUAUCAACUAAAUGUAGCUGGUUAUUAGAUAUAAACAAACCAAACCAAACUAUUUGGUUUCAUUUUAUUGAGUUUGCUACUGAAUGUGGUUGGGAUCAUCUCUAUAUACAUGAUGGUGAUUCUGUUUUCUCUCCAGUACUUGCAGCAUUCAGUGGUUUAAUGGUUAAAGCUAGUGAUAAUCAGACAGAUAAAGGAUUUAGUGUUAAAGUGUUCAAUCGUUAUGUUUAUGUUCAUUUCUCCAGUGAUGCUGCAUAUACUAUGGCAGGAUUUAACAUCUCUUUUAGUGUCAAUGAUUGUAAUGGUGGUUGUUCUAAACAAGGUACAUGUAAUAACGGAAAGUGUUCAUGUAAUGAUGGCUUUACAGGAACUACUUGCGAGAUACCUAUUUGUCUGAAUAACUGUUCCAAUAAUGGUGAUUGUAUUUCUGGAAAAUGUUCAUGUUAUGCUGGCUUUAAGGGAGAGGAUUGCAGUUUACAUGAAUAUCAGUCUGAAUGGUCUAUGGUAGAGUCAACAAAUGCACCAGUAGCAAGAGCAUCCCAUGCCUCAAUAACUGAAGGUGAUUCUGUGUGGAUCGUUGGUGGUCAUACAUUGUCUGGAAAUGCAGAGAAAAAUCUUGCAAGGUAUGAUUAUAAGAAGAAGAAAUGGACAAAUGUACCAGAAAAAGGUACAAUACCCUCUUCAAGAUAUGGUCAUGUUAGUGAUAUAUAUAAAGAUGUGAUAUAUAUGUAUGGUGGUGUGUCUGAAGGAUUGGUAUUCAAUGAUUUGUGGAAAUAUGAUAUUGUGCUAUCUAACUGGACUCAGCUCACAUCCUCCAGAUACAAUAUAUCUGGUCAUACAGCUCAUAUAUUUGAUGGUACCAUGUUUGUAUUCUUCGGCUACAGUCCUAAAUACAGUUAUCUCAAUAUUGUUCAAGAAUAUGAUAUAGCCACUGAUAUAUGGAGAGUUAGUGAAACUAAUGGUGGUAUUAUACAAGGUGGUUAUGGACAUACUAGUGUAAUAGAGACACAAAAAGCUCGGAUAUUUAUAUAUGGUGGUUAUCAUUCUAACCCACAAUCUGGUUAUAAUUUAACAGAUAAACUAUACAUGUUCAACAUAUUGACUAAAACAUGGACAAUAUUACGAAAGAGUGGAUCACCAAUGUAUUUUCAUUCAGCUAUAAUAACUAAUGGUUUAAUGUUAGUGUUUGGUGGUAAUACACAUAAUGAUACCUCUGUCAGCCAUGGUGCGAAAUGUUAUUCUACAGAUUUUAUGGUAUAUAAUAUUGAUUGUAAUUCUUGGCAUGUGUUAUCACCACCAAACCUAUAUAAAAGUAUAGCAAGAUAUGGUCAUACCAUGUCUAGUAAUAAUGGGAAUGUGUAUAUAUUUGGAGGCUUUAAUGGAAUGAUGUUGAAUGAUAUUCUCAAAUAUUCUGUUGGUAAGUGUGGAAUAGUUAAAGAUGAAGAGACUUGUAACAGUAUAGAACCAUUAACUAUGUGUAUAUGGUACCAAGAUAAGUGUUAUAGUAGAGAAAAUCUUCCUGAUACAUAUACACCAAUAUGUAACCCUGCUCAAGGAAGAGAAGUAGAAUGUAACAAAAUCAAAUUAUGUUCAGAAUGUCAGUCUAGUGUAUAUGAAUGUAACUGGUGUAGUAAUCCUGGUAGUUGUGAACAUUCAAAUUGCACCAUAGAAACUGAGUUUUCUCCAGCUAACUGUUCUGUAGUACAAGAUAAAGUUUGUGAUCAGGAACAGAACUGUUAUUCAUGUAUCAGUAAUCCACUCUGUCAGUGGCAGAAAUCAUUCAACUAUUGUAUAAAUGUUAUCAUUAUAGAAAAACAAGAAGAAUCUGUAACACCUAAACCAACAGCUCAAUGUGAAAAACCUUGUACAAAUCAUAAAACAUGUGAAGCUUGUACUGAGCAAACAUGUAUGUGGUGUAGUAACAUGAAACAAUGUGUAGAUACUGACUCCUAUGUUGUAUCAUUUCCUUAUGGUCAAUGUAUGGACUGGACAACUAAAGAUGCUAAAUGUCCAGGUAGUUUUAAUUCUACGAGAUGUUCAGGAUUAAAAUCAUGUAGUGACUGUCAGGCUAAUUCUGUCUGUGGUUGGUGUAAUGAUCCUAAUAAUACAGGAUUAGGUGUCUGUAUGGAAGGUGGUGCUCAUGGACCAGUUGAUAACACCAGUUUAACUAAUCAUUCCUAUUGUCCAGCUGAGAGAUGGUAUUUCACUCAGUGUCCUUUGUGUCAGUGUAAUGGACAUAGUACAUGUAUAGAAAAUACUGAUGUUUGUGAAAACUGUCAAGAUCUUACUGAAGGAAAACAAUGUGAACAGUGUAAAUCAGGUUAUUUUGGUAAUCCUAGAAAUGGUGGUAAUUGUUCUGUAUGUGAAUGUAAUGGCCAGGCUGAUACCUGUAAUAGAGAAAGUGGUGUAUGUCACUGUAGAACUAGAGGUGUUACAGGAGACAAGUGUGAAUUGUGUGACAAGAAUCAUAGUUAUGUUGGAAAUCCUAAAGAUGGUGGUACUUGUUACUAUCAAUUAAUGACAGAUUUUCAAUUCACCUUUAAUUUGUCUAAGUAUGAAGAUAGAUUUUUUACUCAGAUCAACUUUAAGAAUACUCCUACAUCAUCUGACAGGGAUGUUGAUUUUACUUUAAAUUGUUCAGGAUAUGCUUUAAUCAAUAUCACAACGAAAUCAGAAUCACGACCAGAAGAAGAAUAUUUUACCGUUGCUCAUGAAUGUGAUUUAUUCCGAACAAAGUUUGAACAUAAAGAUUAUGAUUUUGCUGGUGAUGCAAAUACAACAUUUUUAGUUUAUGUGUAUGCUUAUAAAACACCUUUUUGGUUGGUGGUGUCAUUCUCACAGUUUCCUAAAAUAGAUUUGGUACAUUUCUUUGUUACAUUCUUCAGCUGUUUCUUAUCAUUAUUAUUGAUAGCAGCAGCAUUGUGGAAAAUUAAACAUAAAUAUGAUAGUUAUAGACGUAGACAGCUAAUGAUAGUAGAAAUGCAACAAAUGGCAAGUAGGCCAUUUUCUAAUGUAACAUUAGACAUAGAAAGAAAGAAAUUAAUAGAACCAUGUUCAGCUGAUAAGAAGGAAGUGAAAGAUCCUCAAGACACUUUCCCUAGAAAACGCAAGAAGAUUGGUCCAGGGGCAAUUGCUAUAGAACCAUUACACAGCAAUAAAGCUGCAGUGUUAUCAUUAAUAAUACAACUACCAAUAGGUGAUGAAGAUUAUGUACCGAAUGGACAAACUGGCAUAGCUAUAGGUAGCACUAUAGUUACUAUAGGUCAUACAAGAAAACAGAGUGUAGAACAUAUCAAAGGAGACAAAUCGAAAUUCCGAAAACAUUUCCACCACACCCACCCUGAAACCUGUGCAUAG